AUGGCACCCUCACGAGAUUCCAGAUAUAUGAUUACUAAUACAGAAUAUUGUGAACGAAUUGGCUGGCUUUCGAGUUCUACUCCAGGUCCUGAGGAUGAAGGUACUGGUUCGUGGUUAGUGGAAUCCCAAUUCAAGCAAACAAAGGCAUCCGGCCUGCCCCCUUUCUUAAGCAUAGGGCAGUGA